CGAGCUUCAUAAACAGUCAAAACAUCGAACCUUACUAUAAGACCUCUUUUUCCUUCUCUGCCCCAAUUUGCAUCUUCCUCCCAAUUCCAAAUUUCACUUCAUCUCUUUUUCUCUGUUCUUUCCUACAUAUAUACAUGUACAAAUUAUAGGCUCAAUCAGGCUGUUUUUUUUCCUAGUCCAAUUGGGUCUGCUUAAUUUGUUAGUUACAGAAGGAUUAGGAAAUCGCAAAAGUGAUGAAAUUAGUUUUGCUGGCAAAUAUGGUGUUUUCAAAAGAGGAGAAAUCGAAGAAAGUGUUGAGAUGGGUAAAGACUCUGUUUUUCCUCAUCACCAUGCUUCUGUCGCUGCUGGUAUUUUCAGCGCCGAUUCUGGUGGUCGUCGCCGACGCAGUCCUCCCGUCGGCCUUAUUGUCGGCUUCCCUUUCGCCUUCAUCCCUUUCUCUACGGAGUAUUUCGUCUCACCUAAGCAAUUACGAUUACCGGUAUUCCGUCAUCGACAUACCACUCAUCUCCAUCAUUAGGUCCGCUGUCAUUCUCUGUGUUUACAGUUUGUGUGAUGGACCGAAGCUCUCGAGGGGUCCGUACUUGGGAAUUGCAACGAUGUUUUCAGUAUCUUCGUUGUUAUUCGUUUCGUUGAAGGCUUCAUUCGUGUUUGGGAACAAGGCAAGCAUGACAAUGGAGAGAGGAGAGUAUGUUGGUGGGAUGGAAGUUGCGUUAUUUGCGUGUUCAUUGGGGCUAGCCAUUGGGCACAUCGUGGUGGCAUACAGAACAAGUUGCAGAGAGAGGAGGAAGCUUCUUGUCUACAAGAUUGAUGUCGAAGCUGUAAGUCAACACAACCCUUUUUUUUUUUGCCCCCUUCUUUCUUAAGUUUUGUUUCGAAUUCAAUUAUAUCUGUGAUCCAUUGUGAAUGAUCAGUGUGAACUAAUAAAGAGAUAACGGAACCUUAGCGAAACAGGGUCAUGGUGAAAUUCAAUCAUAUUUAACUUCAUUGAAGUGUUUCUAACUCCAGCAAUUUUCAAAACUCGUGAUGUUAUGAAGUUAGGAGAUAAGUGAGGGUAACUCUGAAUUUCUAAUCAACAUAUUUGACAAAAAUGGAGUUUUUUUCGAAGGUUUUUUUUUUUUUUUUAAUGCUGUGUGAUUAUUAUUCGGGUUUUUAUGAGGUGUGAUUAUUAUGGCUUAAUUAUUUUGCUAAAUAAAUAAAUGAAUGAAUUGCAACUGUUCUGCAAUUUGGUUGGGGCGGGGCCCACUCGCUGUAUCAGGCUGACCAAAUAAACGAAAUUCCUUGGCAUUUCUUUUAAUUUUAGUUGACAUUUAAAAUAGACAAAUAAAAUUGCGUUAGUCUUCUAGAUGGCCGAAUUUGAAAUCCAAAGUUUGACCCAAUCCUGGCAGCCGGAUCAUUGUUUUAGGUGUAAGACAAGUACAAUCAAUUUGCAUAGAGAUCUGAAUAAAUUCGCAUAGAAAUUACUAUUCUAAUAAUUCGUAAGCAACUCCAAUCUUGUUCGUUAAGAGUUAUAACAUCUACUAUUCUAAUUUCAAUCUGAAAUGAAACAAUAAAGAGUUAUAGCAAUAUUUUUUACAAGUCUGUCUAAAAAUUGAGGAGUUGUUGAAAAUAUUACAGGCUUCUGAGAAAUAUCUACUGCUAUGUGACAAUAACGAUAAGGCAUCUAAAAGAAACUUCCUAGUCCUUGUGUACUUUUGUUACGUAUGAUGAUGGAAGCUUUGUACUAAUUUAUGAAACACUUUAAAAUCAAAUCUAUAAGAUAAUCAUUAACUUCAAAUGUUAUCUGCAAGCCCAUCAUCAUUUUACAACUUGUAUACUGUAUUUGGUUUAAAGCGGACUUAAUUACCCAACUUUUUAGCUUCAACUGCAUCAUCAUCAUAUCUAACCCAAUGAAAAAGUUUAUGAGGUGAUCAGAAUUUUUAGCUGGAAAUUUAUCCUGGCUGGGACCCUUUAUGGAAAACGGCCAUAUUGCCAUACUGUUUGUUGUCCUGCAGUCUAAUUUCUUUUCAGCCAGAUGAUCUGGUGUGGGGUUGUAUAGUUAAUACGAACGAGAUUCUAGUUGUUUGAAAUAUUCUGUUCAAGAAUUAUGAAUGAGAAUGGGGCCUUGAGUUAGUAGUUAGUGCACAUAUCAAAUUGGUACAGAACGGAAACCACCAAAAAAAAAAACCAGAUUUUUGUAAAUGGAAGUUGGAUUGUAAAGUGGCUAAUGACAACUCAAAUAGGACCAAUUUGAGUUAUCAUCAUAAGGGGCGCAUAAAUUAAACACACUUGAACAGAAGAAUCAAUCCCAUCAACCCCAGUAUUGGACCAUUUCCAACUAAAACUUGGUGCAUUAAAUUAAAAGUUUGAUGAUUCGUUUGCUGAAUUUUCUUUUAGGCCAUUUGGGUAAGCAAAAGUAACCAUCUUUCUUUUUUUUUGAGGGUCAGUUUUAACCAUUUAACGAUGUUAACAUAUUUGCUUUUUUUUGCAGGUCUCCGCGUGCAAGAAUGGAUUCCCUAGAUACCAAAAGUUACUCCAGAUUGAAAGAGUGAAAUAGAGAUGUGUAAUUUUAACACAUGGAUUCUCUUCAAAUUCUUUUUAUUUUAUUGCCCUUAACUCCAAAGCUUUCGGCCAGAUUCAGGUAACAAUUCAAUCAAUCCUUUUUUUUUAAACAGACUUCUUCAAUACAAAUGGAUUAAAAUCAUUGGCCAUGUGCUUGCUUUGAAUUCUAACUGGACCUGUGCCCUUUUGUAAACAGGUCAUCCGAAGGAAAGAUCUGAAGUCCAGCAAACAAAAUUGUUCGAUGGAUGUGGUAGAUACACUGUAUAUGAUCAUCAUAAAUAUAUAGGUGUGUGUAUAAAAAACUGUAAUGGCACGUGUCGUUCAGUUAGUAAAAUCAUAGAGGCAAAAGACACUAUUUAGGAGAAGUUUUGACAUUGUACAGUUCUUUUUUGGUUUUUUUUUCCCAUCCCAUGUUCCAAUCAUUGGUUCAAAUGUUGCGAUUUUUUAUAAAUCAAUAUAAAAUCUUAACAAGUGUUUAUCAUAACAAACUUGGUCGAGGAGUUUAUGGUAUAGUAUUUGUGAGGUUGGGUAAAUUUCAAGAUUAAUAAGUACCUAUUUAAUAAUGCCAUUUAAUGUUUAAAAUUAUUUAAUUAAAUACUUUAUUGUUUAAGCACAUUUGAUAAUAAAAGGUGAAUUUCUUAAUGAAUUAAGUACUGAAAUUGCAACACAAAACAUAAUCAAUAAUAAAUUUAUUAUUUAUUUGGCAAUUGCUUAAUGACUUCAAUAUUUUUAAUUCAGUAUUACCUCUUUAAAAUUAAACACUAAUUUUUAUCAAACAGAUCCAUUCCCAAAUGUUUCUCAGAGAUCGAGCAUCGAAAAUUCCGAGUCAAUAUCGCAAUCUCUACUGUCUCCAAUACCUUCAAUAUUAGACACGUUGUGAUGGAGAUAUGACGUUUUAUUGGGUCCAAUUCUGGAUUAAAAUUUGUAAGGUGUUGUUCAUAUUUGCCUGGAAGGCGGCACAUGGAGGACGGUUGUUAGUUCCCACAUCGGAUCACCUUUAACAAAGGGGAACUGAACAGUGCUAUAUAUGAGCUCUUCCAAGAAUGAUCCAAGCAUACCUUUCUCGGCCUUUUGGCUAAGAUCAAGUGUAGUAUCUGUUCUUAUCAGUUUAAUAUCUGAUACGUGGG